GGAAAAGAUUCCGAGAAAAGCGAGUCCCAAUUCGGAUUCAAGGACAAGGCAAAGGCCGAGGAGACCAUCGAACUACUAAAAUCACAUGAGAUGCAAUAUCAAAAACUCACCGUUCGCGGAUUACUUGGACGUGCCAAGCGAGUCUUAACAAUGACGAAAGCGCCGGACAAGAUCAAAAAUAUCGAAGAAGCAAUGGCAGUUUUUGAAAAUUGGUUGGAAGAAAAUGGCGGCGGAGCUGCAAAUAAAAAUGCGAAAACAUCCGGAGACGAGGAAAAAGUCGAAACGGUGCCGGGACUCGGUUUCAAAGACAAAGCUGCUGCUGAAAAGUCGUUAAAAAUUUUGGAAGGACGUGACCCCGACUAUCAACGCCUUGCAGUCAAAGGUCUCAUCGGCAGCUCGAAACGCGUGUUGUCCGGCACAAAAGACCCGAAAAAAAUCGAAGACAUCAAGGAAGGUGUCAAAGUCCUCGAAGAUUUCAUCGAGAAAUUCGACUCGGAAAAUCGUUCGCGUCUCAAUCGAGCAUAUCUCGCAGCUGACAUCGUUGCGCAAUUCCCGAAACCGAGCGACAAGUUGAGCGCAGAGUUCGUCAAAGUGUAUACGGAAAAGAAAAAUUACAAACAUCUUCGAACUUUGUAUCCGAAAGAUGAUGAGGAGACAUCGUGGGACAUUGUAAGGAACAAGCACGUGAAGGAUUUGGAAAAAGUCAUCAAGGAAAAGGGCAAAAAAUACUUCGAUGACGAUGGAAAACCGACAGAAGAACAUUUAUCGCUCAUUUAUUGGGCAUAUUCGCCACAACCGGACAAGGUCAAGAGUUACUUGGAAAAGAAGGAAGGAAAAGGAGAGAAACGUAAGUCGUCAGAAAAUGGAGAUUCCGCUUCGAAGAAGAAGAAAUGAGUUGAAAAUGAGGAAUUUUUGAUUUUUACAUCAAUUUUUUAAUAAAAAAAAAAUAUUUCAAAACCACAUUUUUAUUUCCUACGGAAAAAAUUCCAAUGAAAAUCGAGCA